CUCAGCGGUUGGCGAGUGGGGCUAGCCCGAAUACUUUCUCUCCUGGAAAUGAGCCUGGUCUGAACCGCUAGGUAGAAUUUUCGAGCAACCAGUUUUUAUCAGGCGGCUGACAUUGUCGUCGCGAUUCAAAGGCGUUCCAGUGUACGCAUCAAUCACGUUUACUAUUUUUUAAUUUAAUGAAAUCAUUAUCGCUGGAACUGUGGAGAAGGCUAUUCAUCGAAACACUUUCGUAAAGAAUGCAGCUAUCACAGGUCUGUGUCCUUCUUCUCGGCUGUUUCCUUGUAUUUGGAAAUGUGACGGCAGCCCCAAAUCCUCAAGAGCCAGUCUUCGAACUACCGGUGCAAUUGGUUGGAUUUCCGGUGAUAAUCGCCGCUGUGAGGAUAACGAAUUUCGUGAAGAAACUUGCAUAUUCCGUUAAUCCACAAUUUUCCAGUCAGUAUAAGGCAUCUCCCGAUCCCAUGAAGGAGAACUACUUGCUGAGUGUCUUCCUGGGGGACAUCGUCGGUAGCCCAAGAUUGUGUCAUCAGCUUGCUAAACGCAGAGCUUGUACGGAGGCACUUUCUGAUUAAAGGGAAAAAGAUGACACGCUAUGAUGACGUUAUCAUGCAGCUUUCAAGACACUUCCGUGAAUGUGCUAUAGGAAACAGAGCAGCUGUACAUAAUCCUCAAAGAAUUUUUAUUUUUUUAAUUGAUGAUUGUCUUGCGUAGUGAUAUAACUCAGGUGUUAUAUGUAUGUUGAUGUUAAUUGAUGGAAUUAUGUUACAAUAAAAUUUAAAGUUUUAUUGUUUCAUGCAGAUUA